CUCUAGUUGCCGCCCUCCUGGCUGUCUUUGUCUAUUUCUAUUUAUCACUUGAUCUACGAGAUAUCAAAGACGCUUUGAAGAUGGCUGCGAUACAGAAACUUGAACAUCUCGUCGUGAAGGCGGCUUCGAAGCAUACUGCUACUGUUAUCUUUGUUCAUGGACUUGGUGACACGGGAGAAGGAUGGGAACCAGUAGCUAAGAUGCUUUCCAAGGACGAGGGUUUGAAGCAUGUUAAAUGGGUUCUACCUCAUGCACCCAUUAAGCCCGUCACUGCAAACAUGGGCAUGUCAAUGCCAUCGUGGUUUGACAUUUAUGACUUCGGCUUUAACGCCAGAGAAGACGAGAAGGGCAUGCUCGAGACUACAGUUUCGCUCAACGCGCUUAUCACCGACGAGGUUGACAAUGGAAUACCUGCGUCGCGUGUCGUGCUUGGUGGAUUCAGUCAAGGAGGCGCAAUGAGCCUUUUGACGGGCCUGACGAGUGAACGGAAGCUGACUGGGAUCGCCGUGCUGAGCGGUUGGUUACCGUUGCGAUCCAAAUUCGUAUCUAUGAUGUCAGACCACGCAAAGAAACUACCGAUUUUCUGGGGCCAUGGAACGAAUGACCCACUUGUUCGACCCGAAAUUGCGAACGCCUCAAGACAAUUCCUCGAGGACCAAAUGGGUAUUAAGGGGGCUUCGAAAGAAGAUCCCACUGGAUUGGAGUUCCAUCCAUAUCCAGGACUCGAACACUCGGCGGCGCCUGAAGAGAUCGGGGACUUGGGAAGCUGGUUGAAACGGGUCGUUCCCCAGACAGAGUGAAAUCAAAGUUUCUGUAUUUAUAGUACAUUUCGGGAAUCACGACGACGAUGGGGUAGGUAAGCGAGGGCGUGAAUUGUAUACGUGACGUUUUGUAGAAUGUAGAAUACACAAACGGGUGAUCAAUCUGUAGUGCUAGUUUUCUU